AUGAAGCCACCAGCGGCCUCUCCAACGGCGUCUCCGAAGCCCCGAGCUACAGCCUGCGGCGACGGGGAGGGCUCCGCGCAGAAGCCCGAUCCGAAUCGACGCUCGCGCCCCUCGGGCCGCGUCCCGGACGGCCCGGCCCCCCGCCAGCGCCGCCGCCGGCCCGAGGUCGCCCCGCGCAGCCGGCGCCAGGAGCCUCGCCCGGGGCGGCGGACCCCGGCCCCGCGCCCCCGCCCGCGGCCGCCCGAGCGCCCGCCCCCGCCCGCCUCCACCGGGGCCCGCCGAGCCCGGCGGCGUGGGGCCCGGCCGAGGAGACCCGCGCCCCGCCCGGCCGGCAGGGGGCACCGCGCGGCCGGGCGCCGGGGCCGCGUACCUCGGGGAAGCGCCGGAGCACAGGCGCGGGCUGCGCAGCGCUCAGGCCGCCGCUCCUCCGCCGCCGCGCCGCUCCUGCGCUCCUGCUCCGGCUCGGCUCCUCCGCCCGCGCCCGCGCCCGCCCCGCCCCCGCUCCACCCCUUCCCGCCCCGGCCCGCCUCAGCUCCGCCCCUGCCCCUGCGGCUCCGCCCCGCACCGCCCGAGGCUCCGCCCCCGCUCCGCCUCCGCACGGCCAAGGCUCCGCCCCUUCCCCGCCCCUGA